AUGUGUAGAUUAUUAACGUCGCCUGGAGGCCAAGAAACCAAUAUACACCCGGACAUCCGCAACACCGGUACACCACAGAUGAGCGAGCUUAGCACAGUCGUAGCCGACCAGAAGAGCAGCCACGAGGCGGUGAAUGGCGACUCUGGCUCUGGCUCUGGCUCUGGCUCUGGCUCCGGCUCCGGCUCCGGCUCCGGAUACCAAACGCAGCAGCAGGAGUCACAGCAGCCACCCGAGUCAACCCAGACCCAACCACAGCAACCAUCACAGCAGCAGCAGCAGCAGCAGCAACAACAACAAUCACAGCAGUCGCCACCGCCGCAACAGCCGCAAUCGUCGGCGGCGGCUGUUGCGGGCGUCGACGGAAGCUCCGUCGACGCAGCCGCCGGGAGUCCCGCGGCGGACGCUGCGCAAGCUUCUGCAGCGACGCAUCCGCUUAAGAAUCAUAGCGGCGGCGGCGGCCGCGGAAACUCUGCUGGUGCCGCGGCUGUUCCGCAGCACGAUUAUUGGCAGUCGCAGCACCAGCCGCCCCAGUCGCACCAGCAGCAUCCGCACCAGCCGCACCAACAGCUGCAUCACGCGUACCACUACAGCCCACAGGCGCAGGCGCAGACCGCGGGCUACUCCGCGGGGCCGCUUGUGGAUUCCGCGGGACCUCUGGCAACCACGGGUGCCGCGCACGUGCCGCAGUACGCAUACGCGUACCACCCCAACGCAGCCGCUGCUGCGGCCGCGUCUGCGGGACAGCAGUCGUCUGCAGACGGUAGCCAGGGCUACGCGUCGUACGGGACAACCACGGGCUACGCGUCAUACUACCCGUCGUACGGCGGCGUAGCCGCCGAAGACCAGCUGCAGCAGCAACAACAGCAUCACCAGCAGCAACAACAGCAUCAUCACCAACAACAACAACAACAACAACAACAACAGUACUCCUCGCAUCAACCACAUCAACAGCAGCCAGCGUACAUGGCGUACCGCCAGUACGACCAGAUGCAGGCGCAAGCCCAGGCGCAAGCGCAAGCGCAAGCUCAGGCUCAGGCUCAGUACCAAGCCCAAGCCCAAGCACAAGCACAAGCACAAGCACAAGCACAGGCCCAGGCUCAAGCCCACGCCCACGCCCAAUCGUACCAGUAUCCCGGAUUCAGAGCCGCAGGCCCCCAGGAGGAUAUCACCAAUUCCCCCGUGGCCGCCUACUACGGCUCCUCCGGUGCCGCCCCAGAAGAGCUCGCACACUCCAAACGCCGUCGCAUGGUGCCCCCCGCGCGCUCGUCUCUGGACGGCUCCGCGCUGCUGGGUCUGGCCUCCGCGGGCGCCUCUGUGGAGGCCGGCCCGCAUAUCUCGUCGUCGCACGCGUCGCCAGUCGGCGCGCACGCGCUGCAUGCGCCGCAGCAACCUGCGUCCAACGUUUCGGGCGCGCCCGCGCGCCCACGCGUCACCACGACCGUGUGGGAGGACGAAAACACGCUGUGCUACCAAGUCGAGGCCAACGGCGUGUCGGUGGUUCGCAGGGCCGACAACGACAUGAUCAACGGCACGAAGCUGCUGAACGUGGCCAAGAUGACCCGGGGUCGACGCGACGGUAUUUUGAAAGCCGAGAAGAUCCGCCACGUCGUCAAGAUCGGAUCCAUGCAUCUCAAGGGAGUGUGGAUCCCGUUCGACAGCGCGCUUGCCAUGGCGCAACGCGAAAAGAUCGCCGAGCUGCUGUUCCCAUUGUUUGUGCGGGACAUUCAGAGCGCGAUCCAGCAAGGCGCGUCAUCGGUCCUUACCGGCAGCGCCCCGCAGCAGGUGGCCAUUUCUGCGCCGCCCUCUAGGGGCGUCUACUACCCGGAGUCCCAGGCUGCAGCCCCACAGGGCUACCCUGAGCCGCUAGCAGCCGCCUAUGGCGGCGGGUACCAGUUCCCGGAGUACGCGUAUGUGGGCAGUACCGUUACCGGCACCGGCGCUGGCUCCGGACGCCAUAUGAUGCCAGGCCCAAUGGCCGCGCUUAUGGGGCCUGGUCCCAGUGGCCAAACCCACCACAGCUUAGGCGGCCACAUCCCGGCGCCGGGACCGGGAUUGCUGAUGCCCGGUCCAGGCGUAGUGGCGCAUGGCGGCAGCCACGGCGGCCACGGGCUAAUGGGCAAUGCGAUAACCACUGUCGGACAGCUGGCAGGUCUAUCUGGAGGCGCUCCGAUGUCCGCGUCCGGCUCCGUCAACGACCAGCAGAUGAACGCGGCCGCCAGAGGCUCCGACACCGUUAAGUCCGACCCGGAACAAAGACAAGCAUAG